UCUCAACGUCCAACACAACUACCUCGGAUGACGACGGUCUAUACUUGACAGUUUGUGUCAAAAGUGACAAAUCUUGACUUAUGCUUUGAGAUUUGAUAGCACUUUGACAGCAGACAUUUUACGGUUUUGUGGUUUUAACCUCACUUUUGCGCUUUUGCUGUUUUUAGUUUAAUUUGAAUACAUUUUUAUCCAGCUAGGAAAACUGUACUUACAGUCUUUUUGAAGCACUUCUGCAAAUCUUCGGUAUAUGCUGGACACAUUACCUUUUUUGUACUUGAGUCAAGUUCUUGAAUUGAGAUUCUUUUUACCAGCCCGAAAGUAGUUACCCUUGGUAAUUACCAGUGGUUACUAUAGUGAAGUAAAUCUUUUUUAUUAUUGGACAGGAGGUAUAACAAUUGAACCUAGCAACAAUGGAUAAUUUAGAAGCUAACAUCAUGGAUAAGUCCAUGAGAUCCGUCUUCGUUGGAAAUAUUCCAUAUGAAGCUACUGAGGAGAAAUUAAAGGAUAUAUUUGCUGAAGUAGGCCAAGUACUUUCUUUCAAGUUGGUAUUUGAUCGAGAAACUGGCAAACCAAAAGGCUAUGGCUUUUGUGAAUACAGAGACCAAGAAACCGCCUUGAGUGCUAUGAGAAAUUUGAAUGGCUAUGAGAUUGGUGGGAGAAACCUCCGAGUAGACAAUGCCUGUACUGAAAAAUCUAGGAUGGAAAUGCAAAAUCUACUGAACCAACCACCAGUAGAGAAUCCUUAUGGGGAACCUAUUCAGGCUGAGAAAGCACCUGAAGCCAUUAGCAAAGCUGUUGCAUCUCUGCCCCCAGAACAGAUGUUUGAAUUGAUGAAACAGAUGAAGACAACCAUACAGAAUAACCCAACAGAAGCAAGACAGAUGCUGUUGCAAAAUCCUCAACUUGCAUAUGCUUUACUCCAAGCCCAAGUUGUUAUGAAGAUCAUUGAUCCUCACACAGCUGCAACCCUGUUGCAUCCAGUAAAUCAAGUGCCAGCAACACUGAUGCCAGGUGAUAAGAAUGUACCCGUUCAAGUACCAGUCAACAAUCAGUACCAACCCCCGCCACCUGUACCUGUUCAACCACCUAGACAGGAGUUUCAGCCAGUACCUCCACCUAUCAUGCAUCCUAACCCUCAAGCUCCUGUGUUUACAGGUCAAGACGUCGACCUGAGAUCCCUAGGUAACGCGUCAGAUCCAAGACUUUCAAGGAUGUCUGAUCAAGAUAUGAGACAACUUCCUGGGAUUGCAGGUCCCCUACAAAAUCCGCUGCCGCCGCCUGUUGGAGAAAGGUUUGAUAUUAACAUAUUAUUGCGACAUUUCAGUACUGCCCUCUACUAAUACUUGUACUAAUAUUCCAUUUUAGCCUUACAAAGCAAGUACCACUAACUCCACCAGAUCUUAAGUUGGAUAGGUACGUUUCUUGGAUUCGGUCUGAAACAAUGUUCUGAAUGUGCAUGGUAGUUUGAUUUUUAAGCUUUUCCGUGUAUUCUCCUUUUUAGUUAUAUAUUUCCGAUCCAACAACAACCUUGCAUGGAUUAAAUGAAGUUCAGUAUACUGAAUCAUACUUUUGCUCAGUUAAGUACUUUAUGGAGUAGCAGAAAUCACCCACUUUUCACUGCCAUUGGAUUUAUGUUCAUGAGUACUUCUACAGUUUGUUCUGGAAGUUGGGACGUUCGUUUUCAGGAAGAAUUAUGCUUUAAAUGAUAAUGCCAAUGGGCGGUGAAGCAACAGAGAAAGAAUUUGAAGUACUCAUUGUUAAUUUUAUAAGAAGUUUCGAUUGUAGCUCUGUCUAUGUUGCUCAUAAAUACUUUUCAAAGUUCGAUUCGAUUUCAAAAACAUAGAGGAGGC